AAUGGGUGGUUUGGCUAUAAAGACACCACUCUUACACACCCUUUCAGCAUUCACCACAACCCUCUCUCUAUAUUCCAUUGCCACCCAGUUUUGAAUAUAUUUUUAUUCCUUCUUUGUUUCUUCACUUUCUUCCAUACACAUAACCAUGUCUUCUCAGACUGUUGUCCUCAAAGUUGGUAUGUCAUGUCAAGGGUGUGCUGGAGCAGUGAACAGGGUUUUGGGAAAAAUGGAAGGUGUUGAGUCAUUUGACAUUGAUCUGAAGGAGCAGAAGGUGACAGUGAAAGGAAAUGUGGAGCCAGAUGAAGUUCUGCAAGCCGUUUCCAAAUCUGGGAAGAAGACUGCAUUCUGGGUGGAUGAAGCACCACAAUCUAAAAACAAGCCUUUAGAAAGUGCACCUGUUGCCUCAGAAAACAAGCCUUCAGAAGCUGCAACUGUUGCCUCAGCUGAGCCUGAAAACAAGCCUUCAGAAGCUGCAAUUGUUGAUUCAGCUGAGCCUGAAAACAAGCCUUCAGAUACUGUUGUUGAAACUGUUGCUUAAGGCAUUUGUGGUUCUAUUUUUCUAUGUGGAAGUAGGUCUGUUUCAUAUAGUAUUUCAUGUGCUUUGUGCAUGUCAGCUAUUAUAUUUGGUGUGUUGUUACUGGUAUCUAAGCUACAAUAACUUGUGGCCUAUUUUUCACAUGAGAUACAUUUCAUGGGUGCUAUAAUUUAGAAUUUGAACCUGUCACUCUUGUUACUACUGUUUUUGUUCAGUCUUUUAUAUUCUUACCACAACUUGAUC